UGUAAUUGUGUAUGUCAGUUGAGAAUGACAUUGACAUUAAAUUGAAAUUCAAAAUUUCAAUUCAAUAAUAUUUACAAUGUUUAACCCUUGAUUCUGGAAAAAAGCCACAAUCAUGCUAGAUAUUCUUAAUGGAUUUCUUCUUCUUUAUUUUUUAAUUCUCUGUAUAUUGAGUGCUUUGGUGCCAGUUUUAGUUAAACCGAUUGCUGCAUGUUUUGUAAGGCCUUCGACUGAAGACCGCGCUCUCCUGGCGGAAAUGAAGAAACUCAUAGCAGAACAACAACAUAUUUCCAUGAAAGAUGAAUUUGCAACAUACUCAAAACUACAGCGAAAAAUUAAUAAACUUGAUGGUAUUCUCAAAGAAAAUUCACAAACACGUUUAAGCAAAAGUCUAGCCGUUAAGGGAUUGGUCCACAUUGUAUUGCAAGUAGUGAUAACUUUGAUUAUCAUUGUAUCACUUUUUUGGUUCAGACGAGAACCUAUAGUUGCAUUAGGGGGUGAUCCUUUUCCAUUCACCUCGAUUCUUCAAUACCCGAGUGAUACUGAAAAUGCUGUGUCAGCCCAUGUGUGGGUUUUGAUCUCUAAUGUUUCCAUACGAGCUUUAAUCAAACCUUUUAUUUCAGCGUAAGCUUGUAUUUAAAUAAUACUUGUGUGCUUGUUAUUUAUUGAUUUCCUAAUGUGCUUGUUUUUUAAUGAAUGAAUUAAGUAUACACAGGAAUAUAGGGAGUAAGAAAGCAACUUUGUUUUAUUUCAUGUAGUGAUGUUGCAGAUGUCUGUUGUAAACUGGUAGCAUAAAUGAAUAUUGUGCUGUGGUGCUAACAUGCAACCAAUGAGAUAGAGACAAACUCAACCAAUGGCAAAGUGUAACUGGAAAUACUGCUAUCUUUUUCAUUGCAUUGAGACAACUACUUUGCCGCCAUUGGAUAACAUUUUGUCUAUUUCCCUUCACUUCGUUGCAUGUUAGAAUUGAUGAAGUAUAUAGAGACUACUAUCAACAAUAAUUCAACUUGCAACAUGCCCACAGUGAGUGAAUAUUCAUUUCAGUUGCACCAGGGAUACAAAAUAAUUUAAAUAAAAGGCAUUUAACCAA